AUGACUGCACAAGGCCCCCUAAAGUCUUCUGAUGCAUGCCAGUCCAAGUGGUCUCGAAUCUGUUCAACCUUCAACAUUGUUAAUAGAUUGGCCAACUAUUCUGGCUUGGAGUUCAGUGCAGAGCUUGGACCCAACAUCACAGAUGCAUCUGAGUCUGUCUGGACAAAACUUGUGAAGAGUAUGCCUCAAGCAAAGCAAUUCAAGAAUAAGGGUUGGCUGCACUACGAUACAUUGAAGGAACUUUUACCAUCAAAGGGAAGGGGGGAUAUUGCUCACCAUGCUACCGCUUGGCCUGCAGCGCCAACCAGAGACCGCAGCUGCAGUACCACCAUGACUGGUACUACUGUUGCACCAAACUUUGAAUUGGAGAAAAUGCUUGACACUAUUGAGCAUCCCAACCCUCAUGUCCCACCGGUGCCAGAUGAACCACCCCUUCCAAUCAGAUUCAUUCCUUCGGACCAACCAAUGUUAUUUACCAGAAAUAACCAAGUUCCAGAGGCUUCCACCACCUCCACAUACUCCACACCAAGUUCAUCGAAGACACUGGGCAAAUACAGGGCUGUAGUUGAUGACGAUGACUCACAGGUCAUAGGCUGCCCUCCUAACUCCACCAAGAUGGCUGUCACCAGUACUUCAACUUCAAAAUCAGUGAAAUCACAGCGCCGCAGCAUCUCAGAUGCCUUUGACCAUAUGAGUGACAAAAUUCAUGGUCUCAAGACAUCCUUUGACAAUGCAACAAGUAUUAUGCAUGAACGCAUGAUGCAUAUGCAUGCACACUCUGUAGAACCUAUCCCGUACGCAAACAAAGGGCGAUUCAGUUAUGAUGCACAUUCAAGCUGA